UAAUACAGCAUUUUAAAACUUUUUACGUGAGCACAUUCUUACCAAUCAUUUGUUUUUAAAACUUUGCAGGUAGAUGGACUAUAAGGGAAUUGCCCAACAAGCUGCUCAAGAUAUUUUAGGUUACAAUCAAGAUACAUCAGGCUGGAAAGUGGUUAAAUCUUCAAAAAAAAUAACUGUUUAUAGCAAGCCUUCUAAAAAAUUUCAUGGAAAUCUAUACCGUGUUGAAGGAAUAAUUCAAGAAUCAACAUCUAAACUAUCUGAUUUCCUCUACAAGCCUGAAAUUAGAAUUACAUGGGAUAAAUCAUUGAAAGUGUACAAUAUGAUACACAAGAUUGAUUCGGAAACAUGCAUAUGUCAUGCCAUUACCCAAAGUUUUGCCAUGGGCUCAAUUUCCCCCCGAGACUUUAUCGACGUAGUGUACUUCAAGCGCUAUGAAGGGAACGUGAAUGUUAUCAGUUCUAAAAGUGUGGAUUUUCCAGGAUAUCCUCAAACUUCAAAUUAUAUCCGUGGUUUUAACCAUGCUUGUGGCUUUAUCUGUUCACCUCUGCAAGAUAAUCCAGCACAUUCCAAACUAGUGAUGUUCAUCCAGACCGAAAUGAGAGGGAAGUUGUCCCCAUCAAUCGUUGAAGCAACCAUGCCUUCCAACUUAGUAAGCCUCAUCCUCAAUGCGAGAGACGGAAUAAAGGCCUACAAAGCGGCAUCGGGAUGUGGGUAUCAGAAGGGAAGCCAGUCACUCCGCAAGAAGAAAUGAGGCCAUCUAAAAUCAUGGGUAGCAGUUACUGCAGUUUACUUCUAAGUCAAUAUGCAUAAAUACUGUUAAACUCUUCUAGACAGUAUUCUUGUACACAUUACUGAAGGUACACUGGGGAAGUAAGAACUCAGAGCUGUACAAGAGAACAGUAUUAAAUAUAGUUUUGAAUCGUGCAUAAGAAUGAUGCUCAAAGACAAGUGUUCUUAAUGCACUUUGAUCUUUUGCUUUUUUCCCCUGGAAAAUGUUCUGCAAAAGAAUCAAUAAGAAAGUGUAUACAGCCAGAGGUCAGCAUUAAUUAAAGAUUAAAAUAUAUUUUAUAUUGGUUUUCCUUCACUUACUGUUUAAAAUUGAUAAUUGUAGGAAGCAUGAAUAUAAAAAUUGAAAAGAAUUCCACUAGAAUUAUGACCAGUGAUAUCUAGAAUUUAAAACUGAAUGAAUCAUGAAUAAAUUCCCAGUUCUAGUUCCUCCCAAGUCCUUCCUCUUACAAGUAAAAGACCCUGCACAUAACACAACAAACACGCAUAGGAAGACAAGCAUAGAAGGAAAGAAGGCAAGCUUCCUAGGGACCUUUGGGACUUGAGGCAUGACAUGGCAGUGAGCUCUCUGAGUUUCCUUAUUGCCUCCCGUAUAUUCUGGGCAGGGCGCUACAAGAGGCUCCAACCUGGAACCACCAAUAGGAACAAGUUUCUAGAAAAAGCCUGUUCCUCCUAGUCAUAGCAGUGGCUAUGAAUGAAAGGGCGGCCUACCAGAACAAAAAUCUUUUUGAUAAUACCCUACACCAGCCAAACAGCAGCCUAAAAACUGCACCCACCUCAUCCUAUGGUUUCAGUGGGGCCAAGCAGAAAAGCAGGAGGUGUUGGCAAGGUUGAGCAAGGAGCUAAUCUUCCCUCUCCUACCUGCCAGAAGCAGACAGCACUCAUCACCCUUCCAGGUGGUGCAGGCUGACCAAACAGGGAGCUGAUUUUCUACUUUCCACCCAGCAGAAGCAGUCAGCAGUGCUUUGAUACCCCUGCUGGGUAGUGUCAGUGGAGUCCCAUGGCAAAGUGAGCUUCCACCUCACCUAGCAGCGACAAAACUUAACCAGCUAGUGCAAAGCAGGGCCACUCACC